AUGCUGACAGACGCCAGCCGCGUCUACACAGGACCGUAUACCAGGAUCGCCACCGGACCUGUGCGUAAUCCACUCUCGCCAUCUUCCGAGGCCGUCGAGCAAGCAGCCACGCUGGAAGAAGACGCGGACGACGUUCAGGAAGCCGGGGGCGUGCUGUCGUAUUGCGCGACGCACGUGAGCCCGUGCUUGGCGACGCUGGUGGCGAGUCUGGCGUACGCGAGCCUGUACGCGCUGGUGCCGCACCUGGUGACCACGGUGGUGGCGCCGCGCUGCUUCGCGCCCGACUGCUACGACUUCCCGAAGGAGCUGGCCAUGGCCAUGGACCCCAGCGUGGACCCGUGCACCGACUUCUACCAGUUCACGUGCGGACGCUGGAGCAAGGUGCAUCCGGUGGACACGAACCAGUUCACGAGCCUCCAGCGCAAGAUCUUCUUCAGCCUGUACACCGACAUCCGGCGCCAGCCGAGCUCGGCGCCGAGCCGCUCGGGCGAGAAAUCGGCGCAGGCGCUGGUAAUGUGCGAGGACAUCUUCGUGAACCGCGAGGAGAACCUCGAAGGGCUGCGCGCCUUCCUCGGCGACCACGGCCUGGGCUGGCCCGACGCGCCCUUAGACUCGGCCGAGUUCAACGUGCUCGACGCCCUCGUCGGACUCAGCCUGGACGCCGAUGUGCACUUCCUGUUCCAGAUGAAGCUGGUGCCCAACUUCAGGCAGGACGACCGGCUGAUCCUGUCGCUGAGCCAGAACCAGGGGCUCAUGCUCUGGUUCCAGCACCGGGCCCUGCACCUGCCCGGCGCCGCUCUAGGCAAGACGAUGCUGCAGUUGGCCAAGGCCCUGGGCACACCGGGACAGGUCUACGCGUCGCUGGUCGAGGACAUGGUUCAGAUGGACACCGACCUCAUGUCCAUGUACUUCGAGUUCAAGGAGAAGGACCUCAUCGGCUACUCGCAGUUCCAGGAGCUGGGCGACCUGAGCGCGGGCCGCGUCUCCUCCGAGCGCUGGCUGGAGGCCAUCAACCGGCACCUCCCCGAAGAGGCCCAGAUGAGCGAGCUCAGCGAGCUGUACAUCAUCGGCACCGCCUACCUGGGCGUCGCGGGUCGCUUCCUGGGCAAGUACGCUCGCGAGCCGGACCGGCUGCGCCUCUUCGUCAGCUGGCACGUGGCCCGGUCGCUGAUGCCGCUCGCCUCGUACGAGCUUACCAAGGCACUGCAGGCCGAGACGAGCGAGUCGCAGAUGGCCGUCACGUACCUCGAGUUGUGCAUCGGCCGCGUCUCCGAGAUGGCGCCGUUCGCGCUGGCGCACUUCUUCUUCGCCAAGUUCCUGCCGGCGGGCGCGCUCAAAACGGCCGACCGCAUGGUGAACGCGAUACGCGACUCCUCCCUGCUCGCCUUCCGCAACUUGUCCUGGAUGGAGGACGCCACGCGACGGGAGGCCGUCAACAAGCUCUCCUCGCUGCACGAGAUCGUCGCCUUCCCCAAGGAGCUGUCGUCGGCCGAGGCGAUCGACGCCCACUACUCCUAUCUGCCCAAGUUCAGGAGACCAUUUCUGCGCACCUACACGGAAUCCCUGCGCGCCGCCCUGGCGCAGUCCAAGCCCCUGCUGCGCGGGGGCCGCGGCAACCGGUCCAUCAACCGCGAGCUGUACCUGCACGCGCAGCCCAUACCGGUCAACGCGUUCUACAUGUUCGUCUACCACGUGAUGUUCAUCAUGCCGUCCAUACAGUUCCCGCCAUACUUUGCUCGCUCCCUGCCGACGGCCGCCCGCUACGGGGGCCUCGGUCACGUCGUAGGCCACGAGAUCACGCACGUCUUCGACCCCUUCAUGGGAAACAUGGACCAGACCGGGGUCAAGGUGAACUGGUUCUCGGAGGCCUCUCGGCUGAGCUUCAUCGGUCGCCUCGAGUGCCUCGUGAGGCAGUACAGCGAGGCGUCGAGCCGCUACCGCGAGCCCACCUCGCUCACGCUGUCCGAGGACUUCGCCGACAACAGCGGCUUCGAGCACACGUUUGCCGCCUACCGGCGCGCGGUCGGUCGGGGCUCCGAGGCCUCCGGGGUGGCAGGCUUCGGCAACGACCAGCUCUUCUUCCUCGCCUCGUGCCACAAGUGGUGCUCGGCGAGGGCCGAGCUCAAUUCGCCCUACUACUCGCCCAAGAACCUGCGCUGCAACGUGCCCCUCAUGAACAGCGCUGAGUUCGCCGUGGCAUACGGCUGCCGCCGCGGGGCGCCCAUGAACCCCGUCAAGAAGUGCACCUUCAAGUGA